AUGUUAAUAAAACUACUGCAAGAGUUUUUAUUUCUUAUUCUACUUGGAAAAAGCCGAGAUGAAUUACUGUCAUACAUGAUUCUGAAUUUAUGGCUCGAUCUUAUAUACAGAAAUUAUUCGUCAAAAGGUAAAAGUACAAUUCAUCUAUCGUUGUGCAAGAUCGAUCCGUAUUUGAUUACAUUUCGAGACAUCGAUAAAUGUGUUAAUUAUAUAAAAAGUCUGAAUGAUAAUGAGAAUAAAGUAAUUGUCAUUAUUUCGACUUCAACAACCUGUCAAUCGUUGAGAAUAUUUCUACAACGAACUGCAGAACUUUUCCAGAUCGAUUCAUUCUACAUUCUAUCUUUGAAUCAUCGUCAAUUUACAUGGCCAAUUACUAAUGUGGUUGUAAAAGUAUUUCUUGUUUUACAUACGUUACUAUCAACAAAUUUCUGGUACACGUCUGCUGGAAAAAACUUCUCAUUGAGUAAUGACAGUAUUCUCAUGUCCUGGCAGGGAGACCAAAAUGAGGAUCGUCUUAUUGAUACAAUUACAGCUACAAUCUCAGCAGCAUCGACUACAGUACCGUAUAGGAUUUAUACGGAUCUACAAUUACUAUGUUCUCAUUUAUGCCAACUACCACCGUAUUUACAAAAAAAACAGAGAACAUGGCUUGGCCAUAUGGAUUUCAAUAUUCUAUCGAAGGUACAUGUCGAUCCUCUUUCUACACUAUUAACUUCUAGGGCAAUUGGUCAAAUUUUAUCAGCACAAUCUGUUGUGGACGCAACCGGACGCCAAGAAGCUGAAUUUAUGUAUGCACUACUUUCCCGAGACGUUUUGAUUGACAUUGAAUCAACUGAAGAAGAAAUCAUUAGAUAUUUUCGUCAAAACUGUGCUGAUAACGACGCAGAUAUAAAUACCAUCGAUGAAUUUGAAGCCUAUUACGAUCCAAUCAAUGCAAUCUUCUGGUAUACACGUGAUACUUUCCUUUAUCGUCUAUUAAACAAGGCAUUAAGAGAACAGACCAUAGAUACACUCUAUUCUUUACGAUAUUUUAUCAAAGAUCUUCAUCUUCAGCUAAGAGAACGCCACAACAAACAACAGCAGUUAGCGAGAGCAGCAACACCGAUCACAAAUGAUAAUAUGACAACGACAGAAAGAAAUAAUCAACAAAUUAUGACAGUUUAUCGAGGGCAGCUAAUGAAUAAUUCAGAAUUUGAUAGAAAAAUUCGAUGUAAUACUAACGGCUUUUUUUCCGUGAGUAACUUUUUCUCUACAACUAUUCAUGAAAACUUGGCUCGUGAAGUAUAUGCUGGUACUCGUAGUAGCAGCGAAACAACUGAAGAACAGAGUGUUUUAUUUCGAAUUGAUAUAGAUCGACACGUCAAUAAAUUUCCUUACGCAAUUCUUACCUCAGAAAGUGCAUUUGAUGCCGUAGAAGGUGAAGUUUUGUUUACGAUGGGAUCCGUAUUUAAAAUAUUAUCCGUACUCAUAAGCGAAAACGGCGGCUAUUGGAAUGUCCAACUCAAACUUACAGAUGACGAAGAUAAAGAACUUCAAGCACUAACUGAAUUUAUUAAAAGUGAUAUAAUACAACCGAAUCCACUUGAGAGUCUGGCACGAUUGUUAAUAGGAAUGGGAAGCAAUAAAAAAGCUGAACAUUACUAUCUAAAAUUAUUUGAUGAUCCGACAUUUACGAGCAAUUCGAUUAAUUUAAUAAGCUUAUAUAACAAUCUUGGAUCCGUCUAUCAAGCAAUGAGUCAUUAUGAAAAAGCUAUCGAAUUUUUUGAAAAAGCACUGGAAAUUAAGUCAAAAUAUUCGCCCGACACAGACAGAUUCGUAGCAAUUCUAUACAGUAAUCUGGGAAGUAUUUAUAAUGAUCAAGGGAAAUACGAUAAGGCGUACCGAUACUAUGGAAAAGCAUUGCAAGCUGAGCUUGAUAUGAUCAAUCCGAAUCAACGAGAUAUUGCAACUUAUUAUAGUAACAUUGGAAAUGUAUGUAAUACACGAAAACAGUAUACUGAAGCAAUAGAAAUGUUAGAAAAAUCUGUCGAAAUCAGACUGAAGAUUUUACCAGUGAAUCAUCCGGACCUGGGAACAUCUCUGAUAAAUAUCUCACAAGUUUUCAAUGCACUUGGCCAGUAUGAAAAGGCAAUUCAUUACUUAGAGAAAGCAUUUGAAAAUCAUUCUAUUUCACUUCCACUCGAUCAUCCAUCAUUGCCCGUUAUAUAUAACAAUUGGGGUCAAUCGUAUUAUAAACAAGGUAAACUCAAAGAAGCCUGCGAAAUAUAUGAGAAAUCUCUGCAAAUUCAACUUAAAGUCCUACCAGUUGAUCAUCCUGAUAUAGCUUGGACGUACAACAACAUUGCUACAAUUUAUGAAGAUUUCGGGAAUUUUACUAAAGCAGCUGAAUUUUUCGAUAAAGCGCUACAAAUUGAACUACAUUCGUUACCAUUAAACCAUCCGAACAUAGCAACAACUUACAAUAAUCUAGCAUCACUUUCACAGGAACAAGGUAACAUAGAAGAAGCAUUGUUAUUAUACGAAAAAGCUCUACGAAUUUGGCUAAUAACUUUCUCGUCAAAUCAUCCGAACAUUGCAUUAUGUUACAGUAAUAUUGCGUCAGUUUAUUCUAAAAAUGGUAACAAUAAUAAAUCAAUAGAAUACUUAAACAAAGCGUUACAGAUACAAAUGAAUUCAGAUAGUUCACAAGAUCACCCAGAUUUCGCACCAAUCUAUCAUAAAUUGGGAGAAGCCUAUCAUAACCAAGCUAAAUUUCGAAAUUCAUUAGAGAUGUUCGAAAGAGCUCUAGAUAUCUGGGCAAAAGUUCUUCCAGUUAAUCAUACAUUGUUUGCAUUAUUAUAUGCUGACAUGUCGACAACGUACGAGUCGCUUGGUGAAUACGAGAAAACGCACGAGUAUUUAGAGAAAUCCCUUGAAAUAAUACAGAAUUCGGACUCGCAAGUCUAUCCUGAUUUUGCAUCCAAAUACAAUAAACUGGGUACCGUAUGUUACAAACAAGGCAAGAUCGAAGAAGCACUAGAAUUGUAUGAGAAAUGUUUAGAAAUUCAACUGAAAUUUUUUCGCUCGAACCAUCCUGAUGUUGCUGCAUGUUAUGUUAAUAUAUCACAAGUUUAUCUCGCUCGAGGUGAUUAUGAAAAGACGAUUGAAUAUCUAAACAAAUCACUUGAAGUUCAACUAAAAACUCUUCAACCGAAUCAUCCAUCCUUAGCUAUAACUUACAAUAAUUUAGGACUUGCAUAUUAUAAUAAAGGACUCUUAGAAGAAGCAGCAGAAUUCUAUAGUAAAGCUCUACAAAUCCAAUUGAAUGUUCUUUCUUCUAAUCAUCCUGAUCUCGCGACAACUUACAAUAAUAUUUCAUUACUUUAUUGUGCUCUCGAAGACUACGAACAAGCAAUUGAAUAUUUAAACAAAACACUUCAGAUCAAAUUAACUUCUCUUUCAGCUGAUCAUCUGGAAGUAGCCGCAGUUUAUUCUAACCUAGCAGCAGCUCUGUACGGUCAAGAUAGAAUGGUAGAAGCCUUAGAUUGUAUAAAAAAAGCAUACAAUAUCCAUAUUAAAUCUUUUCCGUCGGAACAUUCAAUAAUUCUUCGCGACAUAAAUUGGAUUACUCGUAUCGAAGAGGAGCUAAUCUCAAAAAAAUAA